UCCUGAACAUCAUGAGCAUGUGACUUUGAAGAUGGACAACUGGAUCUGUUAUAAGUUGUGAUUGGCCUUAAGUUGACUUAUAACCACUGAAGAACUCUCUCAUUCCUGAUUUUUGCCUAUCUGAUUGCCUCACACCACCAGCUUAAUCAUGUAUGGAAGUGCUCGGUCCGUGGGGAAGGUUGAGCCCAGCACCCAGAGCCCAGGGCGUUCACCGAGGCUGCCACGGUCCCCCCGCCUGGGCCAUCGUCGAACCAACAGUACAGGAGGCAGCUCUGGGAGUAGUACUGGGGGUGGCAGUGGGAAAACCCUUUCUAUGGAAAAUAUCCAGUCCUUAAAUGCUGCCUAUGCCACGUCCGGCCCUAUGUAUCUAAGUGACCACGAGAACGUGGGUGCAGACACCCCGAAGAGCACCAUGACCCUGGGCCGCUCUGGGGGGCGGCUGCCUUACGGUGUUAGGAUGACUGCGAUGGGGAGCAGCCCUAACAUCGCCAGUAGUGGAGUUGCCAGCGACACCAUCGCGUUCGGGGAGCACCACCUCCCCCCGGUGAGCAUGGCAUCCACUGUGCCUCACUCGCUGCGCCAGGCUAGGGACAACACCAUCAUGGAUCUGCAGACACAACUCAAAGAAGUGCUGAGGGAAAACGAUCUGCUUCGCAAGGACGUGGAGGUGAAGGAAAGCAAGCUGAGUUCGUCCAUGAAUAGCAUCAAGACCUUCUGGAGUCCUGAGCUAAAAAAGGAGAGAGCUCUGAGGAAAGAUGAAGCGUCAAAAAUCACCAUUUGGAAGGAACAAUAUAGAGUUUUGCAAGAAGAAAACCAGCAUAUGCAGAUGACUAUCCAGGCUCUCCAGGAUGAGCUUCGGAUCCAGCGAGACCUGAACCAGCUGUUCCAGCAGGACAGCAGCACUAGAACCAGCGAGCCCUUUGUGGCAGAGCUGACAGAGGAAAACUUCCAACGACUUCACGCAGAGCACGAGCGCCAGGCCAAGGAGCUCUUCCUGCUACGUAAAACCUUGGAAGAGAUGGAACUGCGCAUUGAGACACAGAAACAGACCUUAAACGCGCGGGACGAGUCCAUCAAAAAGCUUCUGGAGAUGCUGCAGAGUAAAGGUCUGUCGGCAAAAGCCACCGAGGAGGAUCAUGAGCGAACGAGGCGGUUGGCUGAGGCAGAGAUGCACGUGCACCACUUGGAAAGCCUUCUUGAACAGAAGGAAAAAGAAAACAACAUGCUGAGAGAGGAGAUCCAUCGUCGAUUUGAAAACGCUCCUGACACAGCCAAGACAAAGGCUCUUCAAACUGUUAUUGAGAUGAAGGACUCGAAAAUUUCUUCCAUGGAGCGUGGCCUCCGGGAUUUGGAAGAGGAGAUUCAGAUGCUGAAGUCAAAUGGAGCUCUGAGCACAGAGGAACGUGAAGAGGAAAUGAAGCAGAUGGAGGUGUACCGUAGUCAUUCCAAAUUCAUGAAAAAUAAGGUAGAGCAACUGAAGGAAGAGCUAAGUGCCAAAGAGGCUCAAGGGGAGGACCUGAAAAAAAGAGUGGCUGGUCUCCAGACCGAGAUUGGUCAGGUGAAACAGGAGCUGUCACGCAAAGACACCGAGUUGCUGGCCUUGCAGACGAAGCUGGAGACCCUCACAAAUCAGUUCUCUGAUAGCAAGCAGCAUAUUGAGGUUCUGAAAGAGUCUCUUACAGCUAAAGAACAAAGGGCUGCCAUCCUGCAGACAGAGGUGGAUGCAUUACGAUUACGUCUGGAAGAGAAGGAGACUAUGCUAAAUAAGAAGACAAAGCAGAUUCAGGAGAUGGCAGAGGAGAAGGGGACUCAAGCAGGAGAGAUCCAUGACCUCAAGGACAUGUUAGAGGUGAAGGAACGCAAAGUUAAUGUUCUUCAGAAGAAGAUUGAAAAUCUUCAAGAGCAGCUGAGAGACAAGGAGAAGCAGAUGAGCAGCUUGAAGGACCGAGUGAAAUCCUUGCAGGCCGACACCACAAACACUGACACUGCCUUGACCACGCUGGAAGAAGCGCUCGCAGAAAAAGAAAAGACCAUCGAGCGCUUAAAGGAGCAGCGUGACAGAGAUGAACGAGAAAAACAGGAAGAGAUCGACAACUACAAGAAAGACAUUAAGGACCUGAAAGAGAAAGUCAGCAUUUUACAAGGAGAUCUCACAGAGAAAGAGACAUCACUGCUGGAUCUGAAGGAACAUGCUUCAUCAUUGGCUUCAUCAGGACUGAAGAAAGAUUCAAGACUGAAGACACUAGAAAUUGCAUUAGAACAGAAAAAGGAAGAAUGUUUGAAGAUGGAAACUCAAUUGAAAAAGCACCCUGAAGUUUUAUUGAGUCAUCCAUCCAAGCUAGCUCAUGAGGCAACACUGGAGGCAAGGGCCAGCCCAGAGCUGAGUGAUCGUAUGCAGCAGCUGGAAAGAGAGGUAACACGGUAUCGGGAGGAAUCCAGCAAGGCUCAAGCUGAAGUGGAUCGUCUUCUGGAAAUCUUGAAAGAGAUGGAAAAUGAGAAGAAUGAUAAGGAUAAGAAGAUAGCAGAACUGGAGAGCCUCACCUCAAGGCAAGUUAAAGAUCAAAAUAAGAAAGUAGCAAAUCUGAAGCACAAAGAACAAGUGGAGAAAAAGAAGAGUGCACAGAUGCUGGAGGAGGCCAGGAGACGAGAGGAUAACCUUAAUGACAGCUCCCAACAGCUUCAGGACAAUCUGCGUAAAAAGGAUGAUCGGAUUGAAGAAUUGGAAGAGGCACUCAGAGAAAGUGUUCAGAUAACUGCAGAGCGGGAAAUGGUGCUAGCACAAGAGGAGUCAGCCAGGAUCAAUGCUGAGAAACAGGUAGAAGAGCUGAUGAUGGCCAUGGAGAAGGUUAAGCAGGAGCUGGAGUCAAUGAAAGCAAAAUUGUCCUCUACACAACAGUCUUUGGCUGAGAAGGAAACCCAUUUGACCAACCUACGAGCUGAAAGAAGGAAACAUUUGGAGGAAGUCCUGGAAAUGAAACAAGAAGCCCUUCUUGCUGCCAUUAGUGAAAAAGAUGCCAAUAUUGCUCUGCUAGAGCUUUCAUCCUCUAAGAAGAAGACCCAAGAUGAAGUGGCUGCACUGAAACGAGAGAAAGACCGACUCGUGCAACAGCUCAAGCAGCAGACUCAGAACCGUAUGAAGCUAAUGGCUGACAACUAUGAGGAUGACCACCUCAAAUCCUCAUCCCAUUCCAACCAAACCAACCACAAGCCCUCCCCUGACCAGAUAAUUCAGCCCCUCUUAGAACUUGAUCAGAAUCGCAGCAAGUUGAAGUUGUACAUUGGACAUCUGAUAGCCCUCUGCCAUGACCGUGACCCCCUGAUUCUGCGUGGACUCACCCCGCCUGCUUCCUACCACCUGGAUGAUGACCAGGCAGCUUGGGAGAAAGAGCUGCAGAAGAUGACCCAGGAGCAGCUUCAUGAUGAGUUGGAAAAGGGGGAGAAGGAGAGCGCGGAGCUGCAGGAGUUUGCCAAUGCCAUCUUACAGCAGAUAGCGGAUCACUGCCCUGACAUCCUGGAGCAAGUCGUCAACACGCUCGAGGAGUCGUCAUGACCUCGGCCACCAGCCCCACUGGAGCAGCACACCAGUGGCCAAGCCCAGUCAGUCCAAGGAGCCGUAAGAGCGGAGAGCAGCGUGAAAGACAGAAAACGGAAUUGAAACUUCUGGUGCACCUUUUACAAAGAAAACAAAAGCAAAAAGAAAAAAAAAAAACAAAACAACUCUAAAAAACUACACGCUCUCUAGGUUCUUCCA